UCCGGCGUCUCGGCGCGGGGCGCACAGUCCGUGCAGUUCCUCCCGGAGGCCAGCUCCUCGGCCGGCCCGCCUGUUGGAAGCCACAGGGACGCGUCUGCUCGGGUGGAAGGUUUUACGAUUUUAACAGGGCCGUUUCCGGGAGGCGGAGCUCGGACCCCCAUUUCCUUUGUCCCCGGCCCAGUCGCUCUGGGCGGCGACAAGACCUCCGGGUGUUGGAGACCCCCAGCGCCAGCGCCCACAAGCCUCCUGCUAGGGCCCUACGCUGCGCCCCGUCUCCGGUGGCAGUAUGGGCGGCGCCCGGGAAGUGGGCUGGGUGGCGGCGGGCCUGGUCCUCGGUGCUGGCGCAUGCUACUGCAUUUACAGGCUGACGCGGGGCCGGCGGAGAGGCGGCAGCCGGCUCAAGCUGUGUUCCUCACGGUCUGCAGAAGACUUAACCAAUGGUUCAUAUGAUGAAGUCCUAAAUGCUGAACAACUUCAGAAACUCCUUUACCUACUUGAGUCAACUGAAGAUCCUGUAAUUAUUGAAAGAGCUUUGGUCACUGUGGGAAACAAUGCAGCCUUUUCAGUUAACCAAGCUAUUAUUCGUGAAUUGGGUGGUAUUCCAAUUGUUGGAAACAAAAUCAACAGUCCUAACCCCAGCAUUAAAGAGAAAGCUUUAAAUGCAUUAAAUAAUCUGAGUGUGAAUGUUGAAAAUCAAAUCAAAAUAAAGGUACAAGUUUUGAAACUGCUUUUGAAUUUGUCUGAAAAUCCAGCCAUGACAGAAGGACUACUCAGUGCCCAAGUGGAUUCAUCAUUCCUUUCCCUUUAUGAUGGCCACGUAGCAAAGGAGAUUCUUCUUCGAGUGCUUACAUUAUUUCAGAACAUAAAUAACUGCCUCAAAAUGGAAGGCCGUUUAGCUGUACAGCCUACUUUCACUAACGGUUCAUUGUUUUUCCUGUUAUAUGGAGAAGAGUGUGCCCAGAAAAUAAGAGUUCUAGUUCAUCACCAUGAUGCAGAGGUGAAGGAAAAGGUUGUAACAAUAAUACCAACAAUCUGAUAGGUUGGUCAUAUUCUUCCAAAGAGAAAUGCAGUCUGGAAAUAGCACACAUUAAGCUUAUUUCCCAUCUUUCCUAUAAGGGGAUUCUUCCAGCUGCUGAAUUUAAACAACAAAUAUCACAUUUCACACCAUUAACACAGCUAUAACUUGCCAUGGUCUUCAGGUUUAUUUUGGACCAUUUUAUUGAUUCCAAAUGAAUAUAAAAGCUUGUACUGAAA